AUGACCUCAUACCCCACACCAUCCGUAUGGAUCGCCGCCGCCAGCUUCAUGACCGACACCGUAUCACCCGCGGAGGAGGGCCUUGUGGAUACCCUGGAAUGGGAUUUAUACCGCCAGCUGCAGGAAGUGGGUCGCCUCAGCAAGCAGCUGAAAACCUCGGAGGAUGCGCCCGCGGGGCUGCCGUACAGCAUACCCAGGUGCUUGGGUGCCGACUACCUGACGGAGGGUGGCCACCCCGCCGGCACCUCCAUCAGCAUGUGGCAGCGGCAUGGCAGCGUGUACGGCGACGUGAAGCAGGGCAAGGAUGCCAUGCAGGAUCCGUACGCGGUACUUUCCGAGCGGCUAGGCAAGGACACCCGCCAGGAGCUGUUCUCCUUUGCGGCCGCUGGCCUGCUGGAGCUGGGCCCCGCGGAGAGCCUGGCGCUGCUCACGAGCACGGACCGCGCAGCGAGGCUGCAGUGGGUGACGGCCGCAGUGACUCCGUAUCUCGAGGAGCAGAGGGCCAAGGCGUCACUGGCACGAGUGCUUGGCAGUGGGGGAGCAGGAGGCGAAGCCGGAGGAAAUGGUGCAGGCUCUGGCGGGUCGGCGCAGACGUAG